UCCACCCCCGCCCCCGCCCCCGCUCCCGCCUCUGCGGCUGCGCGCUCGCGGGGCCGAGGCCGAGGGGAGGGGGUCGCGCCGGGGGCCGACUGAACUGCUGUGGCGGCAGCGAGAAACGGAGCGAGCCCGGCGGCCGCGGGCAGGCCCGGAGGCAACGGAGGAAACCGUCAUGUCGCGCUACACGAGGCCCCCCAACACCUCCCUGUUCGUCAGGAACGUCGCGGACGCUACCAGAAAAUCUAAAGCAGUCCACAGUAGCUGGCAAGCGCCCCCCAGUUUGAACCAACCUGUUAGCUAGAAUCCAAGCAUAAACCGAGCAGGCGAGAAAAAAGGCACCUAAAGUCCAAGCAUCAAGGAGUAAAGAGGGAGGGUGGACACAGAUAUAAAGACCUGGAAGAGGGGAAGUCUUUAUCAAGCAAAAGACAAAGCCAACACCAGGUUGAGACUUCGGCUUUCCUACAUUUAUUCAGAGUUCCAGAGUCAAAGCCAAGUCUGAUUUUGUUGGUUCUUCGUCUCUUAUAAAGUCCAUCUUGCAAGCCUUAAAGAGUAAAGGUCAAGGUUCAAGAUCAAGUGACAUUGAGUAUCCUUAACAGCUAGUCAUAUUUGAAGAUGUUCGCGAUGCUGAAGAUGCUCUUUAUAACCUCAAUAGAAAAUGGGUAUGUGGCCGUCAGAUUGAAAUACAGUUUGCACAAGGUGAUCGAAAAACACCAGGCCAGAUGAAAUCAAAAGAACGUCACCCUUGUUCUCCAAGUGAUCAUAGGAGAUCAAGAAGCCCCAGCCAAAGGAGAACUCGAAGUAGAAGUUCUUCAUGGGGAAGAAAUAGGAGACGGUCUGAUAGCCUUAAAGAGUCUCGACACAGGCGAUUUUCUUAUAGCCAAUCUAAAUCUCGUUCCAAAUCACUACCAAGGCGGUCUACCUCAGCAAGGCAGUCAAGAACUCCAAGAAGGAAUUCUGGUUCUAGAGGACGGUCAAGGUCCAAGUCCUUACCAAAAAGGUCCAAGUCAAUUGGAAAAUCACAAUCAAGUUCACCUCAAAAGCAGACUAGCUCAGGAACAAAAUCAAGAUCACAUGGAAGACAUUCUGACUCCAUAGCAAGAUCCCCUUGUAAAUCUCCCAAGGGGUAUACCAAUUCUGAAGUUAAAGCACAAACAGCAAAACACUCUCAUUUUCGAUCACAUUCCAGAUCUCGGAGUUAUCGUCAUAAAAACAGCUGGUGAACAGCCGCAGAAGAGCGCUACGUAGUCUUGAAUGUGUUAUUAAACCUCUCAUUAUGUUAAAUAAAAAUUCUUCAAGGCUUAUAGAAAAUGUGAGUUACUUUGGGCAUGUGCAACAAAUAAAAUCUCUAGUUCUGGGGUAAUAAAGACUUGGUCUCAAUUGAAAGGGCCCAUACCACAAA